UUAUGUGAAACUGAAGUUGUACAUAAUAUAGCUAUGAAGUACAUCUGUUGCUGAAUUUCUCAGCGAUGUUGAAUUACUGCUUGUUCUGAGACUGUAGUCCCUGAGGUUAUUCUGAUAUUAGCAGCCUUUACCCAAUAAGCACCUGACAAGGCUGUUCACAGGGUAUCCACCCUCUGUAAAUGUCUGAGGAACAGAGGCACACAUCUAAGGAAGGCACAGAAGGAAACAGCUGGCUGUCUGCUUUACGCAGCAGAUAUUUUGAUGUUAUUUAUCCAUAGGAAUCUAAGCUUCAUCUGUCAAAAACCACAGAGAGCCACAGGAGGAAAGUGUGAGCAGUCUCUCAUUCUGAACUCAAAGGAGCUAGAACUGAAGCAUCACAGAGGACUCGUAAAGCCUGGGAGACAGAAGUUAGAGCUACACUUGAGGAAGUGCAGAACAUCUUAGAACACUCAAGGAACGUCCUGCCAGCUUACAAGAUGAGUGAUGACCUGCAGAAAGUCGUAUCAGACAAGAUGAAAGUGAUUGAACAGGUAAUGGAAAUGUUCGAGCAUGGAGCAGAAGUGAUCGCCAGUACAGUGGGACAAUUGUUUCCGGUGUUUGAGGUUGCAGCUCCUCUUGUAAAACUUGCCUUGGAGAACAUGGAGACCAGGGAGGUUCAGUACACAAAAGUGCAGCUGCAGAUGGUUAGCAGCAAACUUGAUGUCAUUUCUGAUGAAGUUCAAAACAUCGGCAAAGAAAUUGAAAAAAGCAAAAUGGAUAUUAAGUACUUCACAAUAGAGGAAGCUCUGCAGACUCAUUUUAGAAAGUUUAUGGACAUUCUGAACAGUAAACCACAGUACAGGAGUGUAAAGAAAGAUCUUUUUCUUGAUCAUUUUGUAAGAAGUGGAGGUGAGAAGAACCUUCUUGUUCUCCAUGAUGCUGUCAUGGGGGACAACUUGCCAGGUGAGUCAGUUCUGGAUAUUGCUCUUCAUUAUGAAGAACGAAGUCGCCGGGUCAUGGAAGGCAUGUGUGCCCGUCUCAAGGAACUCUUCUGUGUUGGCCUGAUUGCAUUGAUGGGAUAUGCAGCCAUAACUGGAGAUGAUGAAGAAGCACUGGUAUCAAAAUGGAACGAUAAAACCAAGAAUAUAGAAAACAAAAUGAAAUCUGUCAUCGAUGAGUGCAUUGCUAACUUCGCAGAACAAGCACAGAUCGACACAGAAAAAAUUGCCAAAGAAAAACUUGAUAAGUCCAACCAACAGUUUGCAAAUUACAUCCAUGAGUUCUUAAAGAAAAAGUAUGACUGGGUUAAGUGGGCUGUGCUUGUAUAUAAUCACUCCAGCAGUCAUGCCUCACCCUUUCAGUCCAAAGAGAAGUAUCACGCAGUCAUUGGUAAAAGCCACCUGGGAAUUAUUCAGCUCAAAGACGUCUCACUUAUCGUUUCGUACAGUGACAACCCCCAGGUAAUUGACACCUAUGUAAUUAAGCAGCUCAUGGAAAGUCAGGACAGGAAGUCCGAUGCUGUGGCAGUUGCAGAGUUCAUUUCUGAGCACAUACCUAGCUGUGUGGUACAUGUCGUUAGUCGGUACAGGGGAUUAUGGGGUUCAUGGAGUUUUUUCAGUGAAUACUUUUACUGGGAAAACCACAAAAAUGUCACCCUCUGUGUUCACUCUGAAUAACCAGUUGAUAUUUCCACGAUAACCAAUAUUUGCAUUAUAAAGAUAAAGGUGCAAGUGCAUGGAAUUGUACGUUGCUCCUUUUUUAUGGCAGUAUUUGAUGUUCUUGAUGUUGUAUUAAAGCAUACAGAAUGUUUUCUGAAAUAUACUGUAUUUUAUCAUUUGAACAAUAAAGAAACUGAAUAAAGAAGCACUGUAACACACACACAACUGCCUCCAUUAUAUUUCACUUCCUUAAUUGACUAGAAUAAUAAGGAACUGUGUGACAUUUCCAAUUAUUUAAUAAAUAUUGUUUCUGCUACUGACUGAUCACUCCAGUAAAACAUUGUUUGCUCAUGAACAUUGCACAGAUAUGCAUUGUGUUUGUUUUAGUGCAAGUAAAACAUUUUUACACACCUUUGGUUUAUGCAGCCUGCCUAAAUAAAAUAUGUACGAAGACAUAA